AUGGAGAGUAUUUUUCAUGAAAAGCAAGAGGGAUACCUGUGUGCUCAGCACUGUCUUAAUGCACUACUCCAGGGUUCUUAUUUCAAUGCAGUUGACUUGGCUAAUUUAGCACAACAGAUGGACGAAGAAGAAAGACUGCGUAUGGCUGAAUCUGGGCUUGAUUCUGAUGACUAUAGACGUUUUAUGCAGCAACCGUCGGAAAAUAUGGAUGAUAGUGGAUACUUUUCGGUUCAAGUAAUAAGCAGUGCACUAAAAGUCUGGAGUCUUGAAUUAAUACCGUACAACAGCACUGAGCCAACAGCACUAAUUGCACAAAAUGAUCCUUCACGAAUGCAAGCUUACAUAUGCAAUUACAAAGGUCACUGGUAUACGAUACGCAAGCUGGGUAAUCAAUGGUUUAAUUUGAACUCCCUGUUGAAUAGUCCCCAGCUGUUGUCAGAUACUUUUUUGUCAAUGUUUAUUGCCCAGCUGAUUCAAGAAGGUUAUUCAAUAUUUAUUGUUGUUGGGGAAUUGCCCGAAUGUAUAGCUGAUGCUGUGUUAUUGAAAAAUCCAGUAACAACCGCCAGUAAAUCCAAACCUGAUCAAACUAAGCCAGAAUCGUCAGGCUACAGAUUAGGAACAGCCGAAGAAGAUGAAAGAAAAAAAAUUCAACAAGCAGUUGCUGACAUUGAACGUGUUAAAGUACCUGGUUCUUCUCUCGCUCAAUCAUCCUCGGGAGGGAAAGAAAAAAUAAUUCCUAUUGUCUUGGAAGACGAUGAUGAUGAUGAUGAUGAUGAUGAAUAUGACGACAAAGCAAACUUGGAAAAAGCGCUACAGCUCUCACUGCAGGAUGAAGAAGCCGACAAAUCGCUGAAGCUAAGGCUAAAUUCAAAUUCAAAUUCAAAGCCCUCUCCAGAAGAAGAAGAGGAAGAUGACGAGCUCAGAAAGGCCCUACAACUAAGUCUAGAGUGUGUCACUGCUCCGACUACUCCUGACCCCGAUGAUCUUCGUUGGAGACGUCUUGCUUUCCUUAAUAACCUUUCGAGAUCCGGAAAUGAAUCUAAAUUGAAUACUUAA